AUGGCAAGACGAAAAUUAAAUUUGUGCAUGCGUUCUAAGAGUGCAACUGUGGAAGGAGCUUCUACAGAACAUGUGGAUGAAGAAAUGAACCAAGAAAUGCACGAAGCUUCUAUGCAAGAUGUGCAACCACCUGUACAUGCCACUCGCAGGCCAAGCAAGUACUUGGAUGUUUGGGAUCUUCCCAAUGACCAACGAAAAUACGUUGUCCCUACUAAUCCUAUUGCAUAUGCAGAUUUGAAGACAUUUACAAAAGCAAAAGCGGAUGGACGUCCUGUAGAGCAUGCAACAUUAUAUUUAGUACAGCAUACUUGUAAAGAUGGAUCUGCAAUUAAUCCUAUAGUGCAAGCAAAAAUGGAUAAAAUAAAGGAGUUGUUGGCUGAACCUUCAAAUCAAUUGCAAUCAUCUGACAUAAGUGGUAGUAUUGCAUGGGCACCGGACAAUGUGUUUGCCAAAGUGAUGGCUAAGGAGCACAAAGGUCAUAUUCGUGGGGAAGGAUUUGGUCCAAGCCCAAGUGGCCGUAGUAGCAAGAGUGCUGUUACAAACCUUCAAAUACGACCAAGUCAAUCAAGGGACGACAAAGUUGCACAACUGAAGGCUUCCUUGGCUGAGAUGCAAGAGAAAUUGUCCUCUUUUGAUGAAAUGAAGGAAAGACUUAGCCAAUUUGAAGAGAUGGAGCAAAGAAUGACUCGCAUGCUUCAACAAAUGCAACAAAUAACUUCACAAUGCAGUCAAGACGUUCCUCCGAUCCUACAAUCCCUAGCUCUCCAAAAAUCAUCAGCCGCAUCCCAUCAACCAGACAGUUUAUAAAUUUUAUGUUGGGGACAUUUUUUGUACAAAGAACCACAGUUGAACUCUAAACAUAUUUUUUGCAAGUGUUGAAAAAUAUUUUGAAACACUUUGAAACUUUGAUUAUGGUAUUAGUUUAAUUUAAGUGUUGAAGGACUUUCUGUGUACAAAGGAUCACAUCUUUCUUUGGUUAAUUUUAUGAUGAUGGUUAUAGACAAUGUUAUGUAUUUGAUAA